UGUUUUUUAAAAUAGUGACAAAAUAAAUCAAAUGCCAUCCGAGAGAUUCUUUGAGGUUAGGUUGUUUCCCUUCUCUCUAUGCCAGAAUUUGUCCUUGACUCAGCUCUGACAAAUUGUUCCUCCCCAGCAAAAUAGUAACAUAAAUUCUUGCAUCUAAAGGUAAUCCAUUUCUAAUCCACCAACAAAGCUUCCAUUUUUAUGCUCUCCCUUUGAUGUUUGCUCUAUGUCUUUACCUUGAAAUCAUUUUAUUUUGUUCAAGUUUUGGAUCUGACUGUAAAGUAGGGUUUUUUGUGAUCUGAUAUAGAAUGCAAUCUGCAGUAAUUGAUUGUUGAAAUUCUGUUUGGAUUAAUGGGUUUUGUUUCUUGAUGCCUCAAGUCAUCCUUUGGACUUGAAAGUUUUGAUCUUUUUGCUGCACGUGCAAUGAAUUAGAGCUUACAUUUGGAGUAGAAUUUUUAUUGGUUCAAUUAGGGUUUUGGCUUUUGAUUGCUUUUGUAGCAAUAAGGUUUUUGUGGGUUUGAGAAUCCAUUACUAUGGAUGGUAGUGCUGGGGAGUCAUCUGAAUCUGGGUCUAUUGUAUCUAGUUCACAAUCCUCGAAAAAUGGGGCGCAUGAUAUUGAUGAUGGUUGUCCUAGGCAAGUGUCACCUGUUAGAAUUGAUGGGUCGAGGAAUACGAGUCCCAUGGGUCGCGUUGGAUUGAGAAAUACUAGUCCUUCCAGACAAAAGGUGAUUAAAACCAAACCACGUGGUUUAGAUGAGGAAACGAUUGCUACAUUUGGUAAGGUUGUCCACCCUGAUAUUCAAAUGGAGGAUAGCAUAUGGGCAAUGUUGCCUGAGGAUCUAUUGAAUGAGAUUUUAGUAAGGGUUCCUCCAUUUAUGAUAUUCCGUCUUCGUUCUGUUUGUAAACGAUGGAAUUCAAUUCUCCAAGAUAGUAGUUUUCUUAAAUUUCACUCCCAAGUUCCAUCUCAUGGGCCUUGCCUUUUGACAUUUUGGAAGAACCCGCACACCCCACAAUGCUCAGUUUUCAGCUUGCCCUUGAAAGCUUGGUAUAGAAUUCCGUUCACAUUUUUGCCACAGUGGGCAUUUUGGUUGGUUGGUUCUUCAGGGGGCCUUGUUUGUUUUUCUGGACUUGAUGGGCUAACUUUCAAAACUUUAGUUUGUAAUCCGCUCACACAAACUUGGAGGACAUUGCCUAGCAUGCAUUAUAAUCAGCAAAGGCAGUUAAUAAUGGUUGUGGAUAGAAUAGACCGUUCAUUCAAAGUGAUAGCCACCGGUGAUAUUUAUGGGGAUAAGUCAUUGCCUACUGAAGUGUAUGAUUCAAAGCUUGACAGAUGGUCACUCCACCAGAUAAUGCCCGCAGUCAACCUUUGCUCCUCAAAGAUGGCUUAUUGUGACUCCAGACUGUACCUGGAAGCCCUUUCACCGCUUGGUUUGAUGAUGUAUAGGCUUGACACAGGUUACUGGGAACACAUUCCAGCAAAAUUUCCCAGGUCCUUGUUGGAUGGAUAUCUGGUAGCUGGCACUCAGAAGCGUCUGUUUUUAGUUGGAAGGAUUGGCCUUUAUAGUACUCUUCAGAGUAUGAGAAUUUGGGAAUUAGAUCAUGCUAAGAUUACAUGGGUGGAGAUUAGUAGGAUGCCACCAAAGUAUUUUCGAGCUCUGUUGAGGUUAUCAGCUGAAAGAUUCGAGUGCUUUGGACAGGAUAACUUGAUUUGCUUUACAUCUUGGAACCAAGGAAAAGGCCUUCUAUAUGAUGUGGAUAAGAAGGUCUGGUCUUGGAUUGCUGGAUGUGCGCUUCAGUCAUACAACUGCCAGGUCUGUUUCUAUGAGCCAAGAUUUGAUGACUACAUCUAUUGAGCUGGAAAUCUUGCUCUCUCUUCUGAACAUACGAUGACAAGGCUUUGUUCUGUUGGCUGAUUGUGAGUAAUGAGUUGAGUCCCUUUAACUUUGCAUGCUAAAUGGUAAUUAUUAAGGUGACCAAGGAAGCGUUUCAUGUUAGUGAGAGCUUUUCUUAUCCGCUAACGAUUGUAGCACUUGGAAUCAAGACUCUGUGCUGCGUUUGGCUUGAGCAGUGCUGCUCUCCAGUCAAUUUGUGAAGGUUGGAAUUGUUGAAGAAUGUACUGUAUGACUAAUGAUAUCUUGGGGAGAAUUUGUAAGAAGAUUCUUUCACUCUUUUCCAGCUCUUGUACCUUUUCUGAAAGUAUUAAAUAGCAUGAAAAUUACCUA